UAGCCAUCGGGUCGAGCUACACGGACGAAUGAACACACACGGAGAUAUAAAAGAGAGAAGAAGGCUGACGUGUGCCACGUGUGAGAAGAAAUUAUUUAUUAUUAACUAGAGCCGAAAAUGGAUAUGUUAGAUUAUGGAGAAUAUGAAGGCGGAGAUUAUCCAGAUGAUUUGUAUGGUAUGAUGGAAGAUUAUGGUGACUAUGGCAACUAUGAUGACUAUGAUAAUCAAAUGCUGGAGCCACCCACGUAUUCGGAGCUUGUGACAGAAUGUAUGGUACCAACAUUGCAACAGGGAGCUGCUAUGAUUUCCCAUCUUGUGUUCUUUUGCAUAAGCCUCAAUGUUGUUUCUCAAUUUGGUGUUCCGUCCACGCUUUUACACAUCCUAUCAAUAGCAGCUGGUUUCACAAGCGUUGCCAUGGUAUUCGAGAAUCUGAUCGUUCAUAUAAUCUACCUGUCUGUGUUGGGGUAUUUCUUGCUUCUCAUCAUGUCACUCCUUGAAGUGAAGAACAAGGGUGCUUUUCUUGGUGUAGCUCUCGUCUGUUACCUCAUUUUCUGGGAGUUUUUUAUUGCUGAUCCAAAAGAAUGGCAUCGGAUCAGAGGUGUUCAGAUGGUUCUUGUUAUGAAGCUAAUAUCCUUGGCAUUUGAUCUAGACAGUGGCGUGGUUAAAGAAAUGCCAGAUAUUAUCGAGUUUUACAGCUACGUCUUCUUCCCAGGCACUGUCAUUUAUGGCCCCUGGAUGAGUUUUUCCACCUACACCAAACUAGCUAACAUUCCAUUAGUCAACUGGAAUUGGGUUGUAAGUUUGUUUGUCAACUGCAUAAAAUCAAUGAUGUGUUUAGUGAUCUCAACCUGUAUAGCUACAACUUUGUUUCUCACCUAUGAGUACAAGUGGUUGCAUGCUUACCGUGAUGCGCUUUCAUUCCGUUUUAGUCAUUAUUUCAUCAGUUAUCUAUCAUCAUUAACAUGUAUAGCAUCAGGGUUAGGGUCAAAGUCAAAUAGUGAUUCUACAACUUGGGAUUAUCCGGUCAGUAAACCAUCGUUUAUUGAGAUUCCAAGGUCUCUUGUGGAAGUAGUUACCAAUUGGAAUUUACCUAUGCAUAUGUGGCUCAAAACUUAUGUUUUCAAAACCACCAAACAGUUUGGCAAUUUUGCAGCAAUCAUAAUGACGUAUGCAGCUAGCUCACUACUUCAUGGUCUUAACUUCCAGCUUGCUGCUGUUCUGUUGUCAUUAGGAGUGUAUACCUACAUUGAAUAUGUUUUGAGGCAAAGACUUGCAGAAAUUUUCAGUGCGUGUAUUCAAGCAAAGCGCUGCAAGAAGUGUGAACACACGUAUAAAUCGUCAAAUCUGUUUGUAAUUAUGACAAAUUUAUUGUUUGGUGCCCUCGCUAUGUUUCAUCUUGCUUAUCUUGGAGUAAUGUUUGAUAGUGAUCAUGAGAAAGAAGAGGAGGGAUAUAAUAUGAGUCAUACUCUUGGAAAAUGGUUUGAUUUAGGUUUUGUGAGCCACUACAUUGCCAUUGCAACCUACAUCUUCUACUGGUUGAUAAAAUAAUGAUAAUAAUUGCCUGUCACUGAAAUCUGGAGGUCCAUCAAAGGAACUUGACUUUUUUGAUAAUUUACUGCAUUAUGGGAUUGCCUUGAUAGUUACCAUGGUGACUGUUGCCAUGGAUAAAAGUGCCUUAUAAGCUGUUGUAGCAAUGACAGUAGAAUCACAUAGAGAUGUGCAUAACUUGUACAUGAGUCUGAUUAUAACUUCAUCAUUGUAUUACCAUUACCAUUCAUCAUUUUAUCAUCAUAAUAUCAUCACAGUCAUAAACACCAUAUAAUCAUUAUUGUUACCUUCGUAAUCAUCAUCAUCAUUAUUAUCAUUAUCAACUUCAUUUUUUAAAUAUAAUCUGUAUUUAUACCGUUUAAGGUGUCUUUUACAAUUAUCAACAUUUUCACAAGUGCACAAACAGUAUGCUAGCGGGGAGAGGGUAUAGACAAAUUUGUAGACUUACAUAUGUAGGAAAAUGUUGAUUCAAAGUAAAAUACAAUAUUUUGAAAUAAUAGAAUUGAUGACCAAUUAUAAUGCAAAUAUGGCUAUAAUAUACAUUUCUAUGUAACCAAGUACAGUACUUUAGUUGACUUCAUAAAAAAAAUGGAGAAUGCUUAUGCAAAAUCAAAAUUUAUUAUGUACACUUUCAGACUGGAGGGAGGGGGUACGGAAAAAGAAUACUGUUUUUACAUUUCAGAAAAUAUUGAUAAUUAUGAAUAACCCUUAAACUGUUCAGUAAAAAUCUGCAGCUCUCCCACAGGGCUCAGGCAAGACUUUAUUUAUACCUUGUUUAGUGAACCUGCCGACUGCAAAAUUGAUGAUAUCAAAUAAGAAUAAAAUUUCAUUUUUGGCUGAUUAGCGCACCCGCUAUCACAAGAAAGUGGAAAAAAAAUGUUUUUCUUUAUUUUUAUUGCACCCUCCACUGCCUUGAAAUCUCCAAAGAUAAGAUAUAUGUAUAAUGUAUUUCUUCCUAAUUAUAUAAAUUUGAAGCAUUUAACCAUCCUAUUUUACAUUCACCAAUAAAAUUGUUUUUUUUUCUCCUCUGUCUGAAUGAUUUUGGCAAAACUAUUUUCUAAACAAGAAAACAAAAUUUUAUUUUUAUUUUUAUUCCACCCUUCUCUGAUAAUCUUUAACAAACUAAGCAUGUGAAGCAAGUAAUAAAAAAAGGGUGUUGGAUAUGUUUUCCAAAGCCGACUGGAAAUACAAUUAUAAUUUAUAAAAUCACUUUAACAGGUAUUCACUUUAACCAUGUGCCUGUUAUUUUUUAUUGAAAUGCUCAGUAUAUUUAUUACAAAUGUGAAAUGUUUGUUAAAUGUAUUGUUUUUAAGUGGCCAAUGGCCUUGAAAUGACAGAUAGGUUGAUGGGAGCAAUUAAUGUUGUUGGCCAAUCUUAAUGUUGAUUUUUUCUGGCAAAACUGGGGGGAGGGGGUUGGGUGGCAAGAAAAUAUCUGUAGAAAAUUACUCCCCUUUUCCCCUGUAGUGUUGCCACUGCUGCUCAACAACAGAAUAUAAAUUGGUACCUGGGAGAGUGCAAAUGUUAUGCAAUAAAAUUAUCUGAGGUCUGUCCACACUGGUCUGUCCGCACAGACAUUUUUAUGUGAUUUUCCCAUGUUUGUCAUAUGACAUCCUUAUGUCCAUAUAUGGUCAAAUUGCACAAAUAUAUCAUAAAUAUUUAUAGGGUGGACAAACUGUACAUAAACUGAAAUGAGUGCCUAUUAUUGUACAAGACAUUGUAAUUUUAUUAUUCCUAGAUGUUUUACAUAUUACAUUUCAAUUAAUGUAUGUCUUUCUUGUUAGAUUUCUUUUCAUAAAUCAUUAACAAUUUUUGUUUACCAUAGUAUUACCAAAGCAUAUUAAAUGUUUUUAAAUGUCAUUAAAUGAAGCUUUUUAAAAAGAAAUCCUGCUGCUUGAUAGGUGGCACAAUUUAAGUAAUAAACAUAAUGUAGUAUGCCAUUUUCAAAAAUUUAUAUUUUUUAUGUUGUGCAUCAAUACAUUUUCUAUUACAUGUUUUCUUAUAUAUGUUGAAAAUUUUGCCUUUGAAUCUUAAAAUGUAUUUAAUUUUUGUUUAUUGUAGUGCAAUUUUUAAAAUUCUGUUGAUCAUGCUUUUGUUGUGUUAUAAUGUUUAAUUUAAAUAUUUUCAUUUAUGUUUUUUUUUUUUUUCAUAAAACAGUGGAUUUCCAAUAUAGCAAUACUAAAAUAAUGAGUGUUUACUCUCAUUUUCAGAAACUACUUUAUAUAAUAAAGUAUGUUGUACACUACAGUAUAACCCCUCCACUGGAACACUUAUAUAUUAAGGGAACAUGCCUAUUAAGGGAAGUCCCCUAUUAAGGGAACACACCUAUUAAGGGAACUCCCCUAUUAUGGGAACACCUAUUACGAUAUAACCCCUAUAAAAGGGACAUCCCUAUAAAUUGAACAUUCCUAUUAAGGUAACACCCCUUUUAAGGGAACACCUCUAUAAAAGGAACACCCCUAUUAAAGGAACACCCUAUUAAUGGAACACUCCUUUUCAGGGAACACCUCUAUUGAGGAGACAUUUGGCUGCGAAUUUAGAGAAAAUAUACUUUAUUUACAUUACGACAAACCCCUAUUCAGGGGACUUUUCUUGCUUCCUACGGUGUCGGAGUUCUGUAUUCUAGUUGUAUAAUUUCCUUGGCAUAGACGAUAGUUUUGCUUAAUAGGUUAUUGCAAGGUUAUAAGCAAUUUUUCUAGUUUGAUAAUAGUUUAUUGUAGACCUAGAAUAUAUAUUUUCUUAUUAAAUAUUUAAUUGAUCAAAUAUUGACAAUUGUAAAUGUUCUGUCUUGCAGACAUCAAUAGUUACAGCAGAAUUUGUCAAUUCUCAUUAAAUACUUGUUUGACAAAAUA